AUGGGAUUAGAACCUCUUCAAAAAAUACUCCAUCAGCAUAUUGUGAAAAAGAAGUUUCUGCUUGUUCUUGACGACGUGUGGAGCGAUGAUAAGAGUAUCUGGGAGAAAUUCUGUGCACUACUCAAAGUUGGAGCUCAUGGUAGCAAAAUCAUUGUUACAACUCGGGGCAUGAAAGUUUCUAAAAUGGUUAGCCUGGCAGAACCAAUCUUGCUCCAUGGUUUAGACGAAGAUGCCUUUUGGCAAUUGUUCAACGAAUGCUCAUUUGGCACACUCAACCCUGAAGACUAUCCAGGGCUAGAAGACAUUGGUAGAAAGAUUGUUCGCAAGUUGAACGGCUCACCAUUAGCUGCAAAGACAAUUGGCAGGGUUCUGCGAUCAAAUAUAUGCCAGCAACACUGGGCCACCGUAAUGGAGAGUGACAUAUGGAAAGCAAAACAAGAUGAAGAUGAUAUUAUGCCAGCUCUGCAGUUAAGUUAUCAAUAUCUUGAUGAAAAUUUGAAGCAUUGUUUUGCUUUUUGCUCGUUGUUUCCUAUAGAUCACAAAUUCGAUAAAACUGAGUUGGUUCGAAUGUGGAUGGCUGAAGGCUUCAUUAAUGAAGAUAAAAACACAAAGAGUAUGGAAGACGUUGGAAGUGACUAUUUUCUUGAGUUUGUUAACAGUUCUUUUUUUCAAGAAUCCAGAUAUCAUUAUGAAUUUUGGGAUGGAUUUGGGAUUAGAAUUGUGAUGCAUGACCUUAUACAUGAUUUAGCUGAGAUGAUUUCUACGGAAGAGACAUGCAGGAUUGAAAAUAGCAGACACACAAAGCCGGCUUCCACAACUCGACAUUUACGAGUAGAAAAAGAAAAAUUGCCGCUGGAGUUCUCAGGAUACAACAAGUUGCGUACCUUGGUGUUGAAACUUUCACUACCCGAUAGCAGCCUCUUUGAAAUACUAAGAAGCAUUCGCGUUCUGGUUGUAAGUUGGUGUGGCUUGCUGGAGUUAUCUGAGCGUAUUGGUAAAUUGAUUCACCUCCGUUAUCUUGAUAUAUCAUAUUCUAAAAUUAAAAUUUUGCCUGACUUAUUAUGUGACCUUUAUAAUUUGCAAACACUGAAGGCAGAAUAUUGUUAUGAACUAGAGUCCAUACCACAAGAAUUGGGUAAAUUGGUCAAUUUGAGACACUUUGAUAUAUCAAACAAUUUUAAAAUUAAAAUUCUGCCCGACUCAUUGUGCGACCUUUAUAAUUUGCAAACACUGAAGGUAAAUGGUUGUUCUGAACUAGAGUCUAUACCACAAGAAUUGGGUAAGUUGGUCAAUCUGAGACACAUUGAUGCAGAUAAAAAAAUUUGGUUGAUGAUAAAGGAUGUAUGGAGACUAACUAAUCUUCAAGAAUUGCCAACAUUUAGUGUUCGAGAGGAUGAUGAACUCAAACUUGGACAACUAAAGGAUUUGACACAGCUUCAUGGAACACUUUGUAUUCAAAAUCUUGAGAAUGUUGUUGAUGGCAAAGAAGCACAGCGGGCUAAGUUAAAGAGCAAAGUCCACCUAAAAGAAUUGGUGUUGGAAUGGAAUCUGAGAUUGGAUGGUGCGAAGGAUGCCAAAUUGGACGAGGAAGUAAUUGAAGUUCUGCAGCCACAUGAAUCACUCAAAAUAUUGACAAUUAGAUGGUACAAUGGAGGUAGGUCGCCUAGUUGGUUGAUGCCAAAAGUUCUACCCAAUUUGGAAAAACUUGAAUUAGAAAAUUGCAUGGAGUGGGAUGACGUUCUGCCAUUUAUUGGUCAACGUUUGCAUCUAAUUGAACUUCGCAUGACCGGCAUGCCUGCUUUGAAACGACUGAGUCAUGAAUUUGAAGGCAAGUGUUUUCCAAAGUUGCAAGUGCUUAAGUUAUGCAAAUUUAAAGCACUGAGAGAGUGGUCUUGCACUGAGGGCAAAGAUCUAUUUCCCUGCCUGCGUGAACUUUGUGUCAUAGAUUGUCCCAAACUAAAGAGAUUACCGCCCUUCCCUCCUUCCCUAGAAAUGUUGACAAUAGAAUGCUGUCCCAGGCUCAUAUUAAAUAGCAAAACGGAAGAUGACGAGGAAGGUGGCCGCCAUCUACCGCCGUCACUCAAGGAAUUGAAAAAUAUGCAAAACUUUUGUCCGACUGCUUGCACAACCUUACUCGAUUGGAAAUAA